UAAAAGCUUUCACAUUAUUCUCUGCUGCUUCCAUCUUCUCAUUUUCCCAAUAUAUACAAAUCUUUUGAUCAGAUCUUCCCAACAGCCAAAGGUUUCCGAACAAAAAUGGGCCAGUUCAUGAGUUUCAUGGGGAAAGGAGGGGCCAACCCAUCAGCACAGAUGAUUGGUCUGGUGAUGGGAACACUUUACCAGCAGUUCGUUGAGAAAGAUAUCACGAACUUUGAGGAUUUCCACAUUGCUGUUCUUGACAUAUUCAACACCUUCAAUUCUGCUCUACCGGGAAAACACUUUGAUGUCCCACCGAGGACCCAAAUCGAGAAAUGCUUUCAUCAAUGGAAAGAGGCCAAAGAUGAGAAGAAGAGGAAAGUCUUCAUCAAAUUCAUGACGAACAACAUGAGCCUCAACAAGCUCGAUGACUACACGGUGAUAACCGGCAUCGUGACACCUCCAGCGGCGAUGGCGAUUAAGAAGGCAGGGGAGAACGUGCCUCAGCUGAAGAUCAUAAAGGCAGUACCUGAUGUGCUUUUUGUUCCUUCAGCCACUGUCUUGGCCCUCAUCUCCGUCAAGCUGUCCAGAAGGAUCUUCGUCAAGAAUUUAGCACCUGCCUCCUAAUGGUGUCUAUAAAAAGAGAGGGUGAUGUCAAAAGGGAAGUUUGACAACGGAGCUCAUGUUUGACAGUUCUAAGACCAUGUAAAUAUGUGGAAAGGCAUUGGAGAUUGUGAUGUAUCUAAUGACAUGGAGUCAAGUUAUAAAGAAAGCAGUUCGAGAUGCUGCUAAAAUUUAACUGAA